GAAUAUCGAAGGCAAUCAACACACAAGCUUGGGAAUCUGAAUUGGAAAAAUUUGAAUCAAAUAAUGUCAAAUUAGAAAAUAGUGAUAAUGUCAAAAUAGAAAAGAAAGAAACAUCCGAGUUGG